CCUUGUCUCCAUGACAGCCGGCUGUCAACAAACAAAACCUUCCCCGGGCAGUCGAGGAGCAAAGCAACCAGUCAGGAGAAAACUUACAGUGAGGUCACGAGCACUGAUGAGAAAAAGAAAGAAGACCACUCAAGCUGGAAGAUAUUUACAAUGCCAACAAAAGCUAGAAGAUCAAGGUCUCACAGUACUGGAGCGGGCAAAACUGGCAGAAAGAAGAAGGCCCAUAAAAAGAGAUCAGCUAGUGUCAAAACUGCCAAGAGAGAGGUGGACAUUCUGAGUCCAGCUGCCAUGGAGAAUGUUUACUACAUCUCCCACAAUGCAAUGGACUGUUUGGAAUUCAGAGGCUUUGGUUGGCCAGACUCCAUAAAGAAGAAGAAAAAGAAAGGCAAAAAAGGCAAAAAGGGGAAGACCAAAAAAUAGACAUUUCAAGCCACCACAAUGCUGCGCUACAAAUGCCCACUAUCACGAAGUAGCUGCUAUAUUUUUCCAAGUGUAAAGUUGUUAAACACACAAAGUACACAACUAAACUUGUAGUCGGGAGUAACACAUAUUAACUCAAUAGAUAACAUUAAAGAUCACAAAUGAGAGAAGACAUUUCAGCUCAUUGUGUUCAUUUGGUUAAACCAACACAAACACCCUGACGUAACCCUGACGUAACCCCCCCCCCAGAAACAGAGAAUUUAGCCAGUCAGACCGAAGCUGAAUGUCUAUGGGAGGUGGAAAACCCAGUGCAAAUACAGAGGGAUCAUGCAAGCUUCAUACAGACAGGUUUUCAUUUUUUUACUAUCACAUGUAUUCUUUUCUUUUCAGAUACAAUGGGUGUCAAUUAAUGCAUAAAAAAUAUUCAGGAAAUGGAUAGGUGUAUUACCAUCCCUACAACAUUUCAUACCAUUUCUCAACAUAUCACAAAUGUAGACAAUGAUGUUACACCUUGAUAUCCAUAGGUUUCCUAUUCAAUCUUAAAAUUUUGGUAAAACAUAUAUUCUGUGUAGCAACUGGUUUGUUCUGACUGCUGUGUGCUGCUAUUGGGUCUGCAAUUUAAUUGUUUAAAAAUAAAGAUGUACUGCAGGAAGAAGUUCUAAUAUG